AUGGCAUCUUCUUCUAAACUUGAACAGCUCCGGGACUAUCUGUCGAGCCUGGACCCAAAGAACUCGUUAGAAGGAGUUUCAUUCCACUAUGACACAGCCAACGAACUCGGCUUCAACCCUGGCGACCCAUUCGACUUCUUCGUCGCCACUCCAUUUGGCAAGUGGUCUAAUACAUCACCGCCAAUUCCCAACGUCGUCGCCGCUGCUGUUUCCGAGGCUUUGGUAAAUGGCAUGGCCUCAAAGAACAUAUCGAUCGGCCAAGAUGGAUCCAAGUACAUGUUCAUCGACUUACUCACCCUCGCACCAUUCAACUCCACUUUCUUCACCCAGGGCAUCAGUCCAACUCUGAACAAGCUCGUCAAUGGUCUUCCAAGUGAUGUCACGCCAGUCAUCCGUCUACUAUGCGGUGACAACGGCAUCACCGCAGCUCAGUUCAAGGACGCUAGUAACGGAUCCGGGUGGAACGACUACAAGCAGAUUUUCUGGUCUAACAACCAGCCAUCUAUCACGCACCCUAAGGCAGAGCUUUACAUCGGCUUCUACAACCCCGACUUCAAGUUUCAGCCCGGAGGCAGUGAGGCGUGGGUGAAGAAGCUUCAAACCGAACUCAAGAACUACUUGAGCAACUCGGCUUUAUCCGGCCAUCCAUGGGUCAUCGACCUGGCCACCACUCUCGUCAGCGAUGGCCUGUUACCUCUCGCUCAAGUCGCCGAGAGUAAAGGGCUUCCAGCUCUCAGCUGGAAUCACGCAAAGGUCACGGCGGUCAAUGGCACCACGAUGACAACGGGAGGUGCGAACCUGUGGGACAGCUAUGGCGAUACCCAGGUCGGGACCUUUGACUCUAUGGUCAAGGUCAGAGGCGAUGCAGCUAUUGAAGCCCACAGAUAUGCUGAUGCUUUGUGGAGGCAAGUCGGAUCUAAGCUAAACAUGAUGAGCGGACACUAA